AUGGCGAUGGAGGAGGCGCCGGCACCGAUUGCUGAUGGCAGCGUUCCGAUCUUCCUGGCAGUCAGUGGGUUCUUUCAGGCACUUUGCAUCAUCAAGCUACUCAGCAUAACCAUGAGAUACAGGGACCGCGUGGCAUCGUGCUUUCGCAGUCUUGCUUUGCGGUCACGCUGGCUGGUUAUGUGCUUGUCCGAUGAUGUCAAGACGAAUGCAGAGGAGGAGCAGUGGAUUGCACGCGAGGUUUGUCUCAUACGAUUGCGCCUGGCGCGAGGUUAUUGUUAUUUCCUGCUGAUAGCUACGUGCGCAUCAGUCGUAUCAGUACAGCUGGGCAUUUUGCAGGAGAGGCAAACCAAUGCACCUGCAGCAUUUUUCUGGACUAUCCUGCUCAUGUUCGUCCUCUGUACAGCGCACCUUGUAUUUCCGAAGAUGCUUCAGCGGACAACUCUAGACAUCUUUUACGUGGCCAUUAUGGUGGCCGCUGCCUUUUUGCUAAGUCCCUGGUGUACAAAUGCGGAUGGAGUCCCAUACAUGUCGAUCAUUCUGCUUGCUUUUCUACGACUCCCGGCCAGCAGCUUUGCUUCUAGGGCUUCCAUAGUCUUUACCAGUAACAUAGGUACAGCAGCCGUCGUAAUGAUCAGGGCCUUCGUUGACUGGGACGCUGCACUGUGCCAGAGCGGAAGUUGUAACAUCGGUCGAGACGCCUAUUUCGAGCGCGCUGCAAUCGUGACCGAAGUGUCGGCCUUCUUCCUCGUGGGCGGCGUGUCGCUCUCCGCUGAGGCGGAGAGUCCGUCUUUGGUCUUUGGCAGCAUGUAG